CCGCUGUGCAGUAUAUGAAUGACGUAAACACUCUUCCGGUCCUCUCCCAUGCCUCUAUAAAUUAAAAUGACUAAAAAAAGGAGGAAUAACGGUCGUGCCAAGAAGGGACGUGGGCAUGUCCAGCCUAUUCGCUGCACAAACUGUGCCCGCUGUGUGCCCAAGGACAAAGCCAUCAAGAAGUUUGUCAUCAGAAAUAUUGUGGAGGCGGCAGCUGUCAGGGACAUCUCUGAGGCCAGUGUAUUUGACUCCUAUGUUUUGCCCAAGCUGUAUGUGAAGCUGCACUAUUGUGUCAGCUGUGCCAUCCACAGCAAAGUGGUGAGGAACCGUUCACGUGAGGCCAGGAAGGACCGUACUCCUCCUCCACGCUUCAGGCCCACUGGUGGUGCCCCAAGAGCCCCUCCAAAACCUAUGUGAGCUGGAGACAUUUGCUUACAUUUUCAUGUAAAAAAAUAAAAAAAAUGACCAAAA